CAGACCAUCUGCAGCAAGGCCAAGCCGCGGGAUUCGUCGUCGAGAGAGAGAGGGGGGGGACAGGUUCGACGUCGAUGAAGCCGACGCUGUCGCCGCUUAGGAAUGCUGUUGUCGAAUCCAAGUCGCUUUGGCCGUAUGCCGACACCGAUGAAGAAAACAAACGUCGUGCCACUCCCUCAAGUUGAGAAAGGAGGUGACGUCGACCUCGACCUCCUCUCUCCUUUUUGCCGCUCGGACGCCCGCUGCCGCGUCGACUGUGCACUGCACGCGCGCGCGCGCAAGGAAGAGUGGCAAUGUUCGGCCUGUCGUUUGCCUGUUUACUGGGCGGAAGCGUACCUCGCUCUCCACGCUGCGUCUGUUCUCGCAGUCGAGGGGGGGUUUGAGAGGGUGCGAUUGAAUACGUCGCAGUUCCCUGGCCCCAGCGGCGGUCGAUGUAGAAGAAGCUCGGAGCGAGCGCGUGCGUGUCAAGCAAGCCCUUUUUUAUUUAAUUUUUUGUUUUCUCCCCCCUUCUCAUUCCCCCUCUUCCCCUCGUCUCUGCUUGCGGCCUUCUCGCUUGGAUCUUUUCACUUUUCUUUGCACUUGCAGGACCGUUGGACGCCGCGAGAACACGAAGCUCGCUGCGGAUACACUCCUUGGGAAAUGGCAGCGUCGAGAGGGCGUUGAGGGUUGUAUCACGGGAGUCGAAGCCGACAGCGAAGGCGGCCGUUUGUAAGGCUCGGAGCAGGUAGGCUGAGCUUGUACCUGCUGUGCACCCUAGUGUUAGCUAGUGCAGUGUCGCGUAGCGCUGCCACUGUACCCUUUGCUCUCGCCGCGAUGCUACCCAGCUGGCGCGUAUUUUCCAGCCUUACUUUUCGUUUUUUCUUUUCCUUUUCCUUAUUUCUGAUGGUUUUUGGUUUUUUGGGAUUCUUUCCCUUUAGCAAUUUUACGAUUUGCCGGGCUCGAGGCUGACUGUUUGCUUGCUGGUGUCCCUUUUG